CAUCAAAGCCUGCCCGCCCCGCUGCGGCACACACAAAACUCCCUCACCAGGUCUUUUUAAGGGCCAAAGCCAAUUUCGAAAUCCCCUCUCUGCCCUGUACCAUUCCACCCCCUUUCUAUCUCACCCUCUUUUCGUGUUAAAAAAGGUCACCAUACCGAACAACAAUGCUACAGGAAAUUGACGACGCUCUCAAAAACCAUAGCGGUGCCGACUUCAUUGCUCGGCUGCUCGAUGAGGAAACCAAAAUGGGCGCGCUGUCAGAUAGCGUGCUCUUGGACAGUGCCAGCACGGCUCCAGAUCAGCGCCAAAGAGCUGGUAUUAGACAUCUACGGCAAGCUAAGCAACAGCUUGGGUGACCCAGCUGCACAAGACUACAUACACAUGCUGCAAAGUCGGUAUAUUCUGGUCGGCGCGACACUGUUUGAUCUUGCCCGAGUGUUCGGCACCGCCCAGACGCAGCAGGUCGAAGGCGUCCUGGACCAGCUGUGUGCCAAUGCACCGUGGCUCCUGUCCGAGAUCGAGGCCGCAUAUGAUCUGCUCAUGGAGCAGCUGACCGAGUUUGAGCGCAGGUACACGGGCUCAGGACUGCCAGAGUCCCUCGAAAGAGUCUGUCGUGAUUUGCAGCUGCACCUGGGAAUAGCGCAGAGCUGGCGAGGGCUGGCCGAGGUGUGCAUUGCUGCGGUCAUGGUGCUGGCCCAGGACAAGCAGUGUCUGCUGCGGUUAUCGCGCGUAUACGGCACAGUGACACAUCUAGUGGUUGGCCUGGAGCGCAAGGCCAUGGAUGCCGAGGGUAAGGAGACAUAUGGCAGAAUUGUCGAACUGGCCAAGAAACUCAAGUGGCAGUGGUGCAGCCUGGCGUUCCACAUCUGCCGGCUGUUGCUCGACCCGGCCGGCGAGCAGGCCAAGCACCGGAAGGUGAAGGCUGAGCUGUCGGUGGCCAGCGGCUCGGCUGUGUUCAUGGAGCUGCUGGACAGCAUGGAGACCCAGUUUACAGAGCUAGUACCAUUCAGCAAUGCGCCAAUCCUGUUCGAUAUCGAGUUUGGCUUCGGACUGCGGCCAAUGCUCCGGCAUGCUGCGGGGUCAUCGGGGGACUUUGACGAGGCACAGCUCGACUACAUCAUCAUGUCGAUCGACCAGCUCAGAGCGCAGUGGUCCUCGGGUAACGACACAGAAGCUACAGCAAACGAUAGCGCUAUUGAUGCCGAGGUAGUUGCGCAGGUACAGGAGCUGAUCCCCGAUCUGGGCGCUGGGUUUGUCCGCGCAUGUCUUGCAUACUACGACCUCAACCCCGAGGCAGUUAUCAUGGCCAUUCUGGAAGACAACCUGCCGCCGUCGCUGGCUGGGCUCGACCGGACGAUGGCCGACACACCAGUGGCCACUACUGCAGCCCCCACCACAGGAAUCCCGAGUACCGCAGCAAGCGUUGCCGACGAAUCCGCAGCCGAAAGCGAUGCUCCGACGGCAGAGCACAGCGCGUUGGAUGCGCGUCGCAAUAUCUUUGACAACGACGAAUUCGACAUCUUCCGGCGCAACACACUCGACUGGUCGCGCGUGCAUCGCAAGAAAGCCGAUGAGCAGACCGACAUCAAUGCGGGUGACCAUGCUGUCAAGAGCCGCAUCAUGGAGAUUGUGCAGCGCAUUGAAGAGGACGACGAGUACGACGACACGUACGACGACACCGUCCAGGACAACGCCGUAAACGAUGCACAGGACGCCGACGAGUUCAUCGAUGCCAGCAAGAAGCGCGGGCUGCCUGAGCCAGCAGCGCACAAGAGCGAUGGCGCACCAGGCUGA